AUGGGCAUGACGCCCGUCCCUACGCAGGCGGCUUCGGACGAUAUGGUCCGGUAUUCACUGAUAACUCGAGAAAUAUCCACAACAACUGAUGUCAGCAGCAGCAGCAUCUCCACGAAUAGCAACAACGCAGACGAGGAAUCUACCUCCACCGCAAUACCACUUAGUGUUCUUCCUCUUCAAAAUAACAAAAACAAUGGCGACUCAACCGCCAACAGUCCAAAUCAGGACGCCCCCAACGACUAACACCAAAAAAGUUUGGAAAGUAUCACGUCGUCUCCUUCGGAAUCGACGCCGACGACGACGACCCAGCCACAAUCGGUGCCGAUGACCCACUUGACCUCAUCCGAGUCUGAGCAGCAGCAGCAGCAUCAUUCGGUGGAACCGGUUUUGCUACAUGCCAAAACUCCCGCCGAGAUGGCAAACGAUCGGGACCCGACGAACCCACCCUCCAUCUUGGACCACUUUGUGCCAUCGGCUGGCGAAAGUUCCUCGGAAGAGUUGCUCAAGAUGAGUGACGUGAGGUCGUCGUCGGCUUCGGCUGAAGAGGUGACUCCACGAGGUCGCGCAAUCAACUUUGACUCAUCGGCCGAGGGAUCACCGAUCAAUUUCGUUACUGCCCCUGACCUUGCCACAACGACGUUGGCCCCCCAACAAGGGGAAACCACCGAGGGCCCGGGAAACAAUAGCACCAGCACUAGUAGUCCCGAGGCAACGACGAUGGGUCACCGGGAUGAGAAACCGCAUUCCGGCGAAUUCGGCAGCGAUCUCAGUGAUGUCAGCAUGGAACUUGGGGAGGAAGACGAUGAACGGGAAGACGACAACGAAGCCGGCGACAAAGAAUCGAACGGUGUUGACAACGUGACGAUGAGUCAUCACCACCCCAGCAGCAGCAGCAACACGCAAGAUCAGCAUCAACAAUCAACCGGUCGGGAUCUCCCGAUGAUGAUGGUGGUCGAGGAAUGCAUAUACAAUGGCGUCGAGUACAAGACCAAUCAAACACGGGACCAAGGCUGUGACGAGCGAUGCACCUGCGAGGAGGACGGAAAAUGGCGCUGCGAACCGCGAUGUGCCAGGCCCUUCAUCAAACGGGGCAAAACCCUGCCGGACUCCUCCUCCGGAUGUUUCGAGAAGCCCUCCAAAUCGGACGAUUGCUGCGCAAUGCUGGUUUGCCCCUCGGAACGGCUGGUCGAUGGACGAUCAGAUCCCAUGGGCCAAUCAACGGACAAAAUUCCGACUACAUCGACGGCAAUCGUUACGAGCUGUAUAUAUCGGAACCAGUCCUACAACAUCGGAGCCAAGGUUGAGAUGGGUUGCGAAAAGAUCUGCACCUGUAAUACCGAAGGUGAGCUUGACUGCGUAGCCCGGUGUCCUCCGAUGAACGAAACUCGAUCGGAACACUGCGUCACCGUACCGGAUCCGAACGAUGCGUGCUGUAAUCGGGAAUUCUGUGACGUGAUUUUGGAUGAUCACGAACAGAGUGGCGGAGCGAUGAUGAUGAUGGCACCCGCAGGAAGUGCUUCAUCGUCUUCAGCUAGCAGCACAACGACAGCUCGAAGUGCUGCCAAGGUCGAUUUCAGUGGAGAGAUCGAUCAGUGCGAGUACAAGGGUAAGAUGUACACCAAGAAUCAGCAGUUCCAUGACGAGUGCGAUUCGUUGUGUUUGUGUACCGACGUUGGAGUUCAUUGCGCUAAAAUCGAGUGUCCUUCCUAUUUCGGGUUGGACGUAUUGGAUCCACACUGCCUUCGUUGGGAGCCGGAACCGGCUACAUUCCGAGCAAUAGCUCCCAGGUGUUGUCCUGAACGCAUGCGAUGUGUCGACAACGGCACUUGUGAAUACAAAGGAGAACAGUUUGACAACUGGUCGGAAAUUCCAAGCAACCUGACUGGUUGUGACCAGCAUUGCUAUUGCGAGUCAGGCGUUGUAGAAUGCCGACCUGCUUGUCCACCGGUUCCAGCAACUCCACCUGCGAAUCUACCAUGUAAUCGAAUGGCUCGGUUAGCUCCUCUACCCGAUGAUGACUGCUGCAAGCGAUGGACAUGUUCCAACGGUGAACCAACUAUUACUGGCAAUGACGUUCUAAAACCUCUGCUCAUGCCUGAAACCAUCAAUCAAUUCCUUCCCAAUAAACCUCCUAAAGGCGAGAAAGGAGACAAAUCCAAGUCAGAGAAAGAACAAGACACAUCCAAAGAAACAUCUCAUGCUCCCUUCUACCCAACGAUCGACGGUAAACCACCGAAAGUUCCGCAAGAGAAGCCACACAAGAAACACCAAAAGGAAGACUCCAAGAAAGAUCACUACAAUAACAUUUUCAACGGAGGCGUUCAACCAGAGAGCAACGAAAGCAACAAAUACGACUACGCAAACUACGACGAUAGUUCGAAGCCUGCUACUCUUGGAGUUCAACGACCCGGGCCACCGGGAUAUUAUGGGCCGGAGCUGAAACCUGGCUACAACGAGUACAACCCCUAUCUACACGUGACCGGAUCUGGAGCGCAAGGUGGAUCACUACCCUUACCCCCCGGAGGUCAACUGCCCCAUCAUCCCCUAGACAAGCAAACGCUGAUCAAUGCACUCGGAGCCAAUCCACAAAAUAUUCCCCCGAACAUCCGCAUCGAACAGUUGCUGCAGCAGAUUCACGCCCAAGCAGAUCCCAAUCCCGGUCCCAUUCUGCACCCCAGUCAGCAUCAGAACAUCAACAACAUUCCACCCUUCCAACCGAUCCCGCCACCCCAUCAGGGCGUUGGUGGCGCUGGAGGUCCGGGUGCGAUCUCCGGUAACGGUAUCAACUACGGUCAAUACGGUGAGCCGCUAGACAUUGGCGUUGGAAUCCCCAAUCACCACCCAAGGCCACACCAUCAAGUCCCACCACCACCACCACCCUUAGCACAAUCACCACACCAGCAAACAGGUCCUGGACUAGGUUUUCCGGCACUGCAAGCGGACCUAAAGGUGCUGGCCCUGGACGCUGUCGAUCCCAAUACGGUUCGAGUGAUCUUUAUCGUUCCCUCGGUCUACGUGGGACUACAUGGGCGAGUCGAGCUUCGCUAUACCCGAACCCGCAACAACGACACAUCGACCUGGCAGGCCCAGGUUUUCGCUCCACCGGAUGACCUGAUAGCCACCUCGCAGCUGGAAUUCGAACUGCCUGGCCUAGAGCCCAACACCGAGUACAGGGUGAAGAUCACGUUGGUCUUACGGGACGUCAACUCGCAGCCAUCUAGUCAAAUUUAUACCGUGCGAACUCCGUCGGAUCGAAUCAUAACGCCUCCUUCGUUGAUCAACCAUGAGCUGCACUAUCCACACCUCAGUCAACCGACCAACUUCCUCAAGGAGGUUAUCCAGGAUCCGGAGCUGAGGGCGGGAGAUGUAAACGCCACCUGGGCCAAGAUAAGCUGGCGUAAGCUGGACGACGAAGAGCUGGACUACGUGGAUGGUAUCCAACUACGAUACAAAGAAAUCGACGGCAUGGUGUACGAUGCCACUCCUCUGAUCCACAGGGCGUUGAGUGAGUACACUUUGGAGAAUCUAAAACCUCAAACGCGAUACGAGGUAGGAAUCUUCUUCAUACCCUUCCCGGGUCACGGUGAAGAAGUUCGGGCUGGAGAAAUGGUACAGAUUACCACGGCUCAGCGAAUCGACAUCUAUGGCUUUGAGGUUAUCGUUAAUGUUAGCAAAGUUAAGGCUAGCAGCGUUGAAGUCAACUGGUCCGGAGUUCCCUAUCCGGAAGACAAAUACGUCAACAUCUAUCGGGCGAUCUAUCAGAGCGACAGCAAAGAGGAUUCAAGCGUAUUCAAGGUUGCCAAGCGUGACUCGACGACUGGAACUCUGAUCACCGAGCUUAAACCGGGCACUAGGUACAGACUUUGGUUGGAGAUGUACCUCACCAAUGGUAGCAUAAAGAAAACGAAUGUCGUGAACUUCAUCACCAAACCGGGCGGUCCAGCGAUUCCUGGAAAGACCGGUAAACUCUCGGUGGCUGGCGUCGAGGCGGUUCCUGGUGAUUACUAUGGUCCCCUGGUAGUUGUGGCCGUUAUCGCAGCUCUAGCUGUGAUGUCUACGCUUAUUCUACUGCUAAUUUUGACGCGAAGACGAGUGCAAAGUGCCACCAUAACACCACCUCGGAAGAAUGAAGUGUCCUACGAUAACCCUAGCUAUAAAGUCGAAAUUCAACAAGAAACUAUGAAUCUAUAACGCCACUCCGGAACAGCUGUAGAUUUGCACUAAACAAACCACCCAGCGACGCAAAAAUAGAUAGAAAUUAUUAUUAUUUUUAUGAUUACCGACUGCCAUUGCGAGGGGCGCCCAUUUUGUAUAUUUAUUUUACCCUGGUAGGUACGCUUUAAAGCGAAGGCACAACCCUGUAAAUAAGAUUAAGAAAAAAAAACUGAAGAAUCUCUUUACAGCAACUUUGUCGCUUGAUGAAGACAUUCAUUCAAACUUAUGUGAAAUUUUUCGGGAAAACUGCACUAACAAAUUAUUAACAGAAAAAAACUUAAUGAAAGUUCUUUCGAUAAAAACAACAAAACAAUUUUUCACGAACCAUAAAUGGAAUAAAGAAACUUUUCUUAACAUUAUAAAAAAUAAAACCAUAAACCGCCUAACGAUUUCCCGACUAUGUAGACAGCUCACGAGUUCGCGGUUGAAAAAAUCAUCAUGAAGCAGAAGCCUUACGAGCGUUGGCUAAUCCGUCCCAGGAAAAUUCUCCCCUCCAAGAAGGAGGGGAUGAAUAUAACCAUUCUUCCGAUAUAUGUUGCACCUAUAAAUCCCAAAGCUUUAAGACAUAUCCAUUUUAUAUCUAGUUUCCUAAACAAACAAAAAAUCAACCGAAUACAAUGAACAGGAAUCAUCAUUCCCAGUGACCAUUCCGAACUAAUUUUAUUCGAAUUAGGACAACUAUGUAGUUCGUACUGUUAAAAAGAGAAAAAAAAACAGAAGAGAUCAAAUCAGCAUUCCUAACAACCUGUUCAACGUUUGUAGAAGUACGAAAAAUGAAAGGCUGUAAAUACUUAUUGUUAACGGAGAUAGUUUGUAAGAACGAUCGUGCUAGGUAAUAGAAAUUGUAGAUUAUUUUGGAAUGUUUUGUAUGUAAAUAAAGAUGUAUUUUUAAAUCCAA